GAUUUCAGAUCUUAAAGCGGCUCGGCAGUUGGCAUCCGAAGUCACAUCUAAAGGAGCAUCUCUUUAUGAUUUACUGGGAAAAGAAGUGGACUUAAGGGAAAUGAGAACUGCGGCUAUCGCCAGACCUCUGGAAAUCAAUGAGACUGAAAAGGCCCUGAGAGCUGCCAUCAAGGAAGUUUUGGAAAGUGUGGAGAAGACCAAAGACAUGCUGAGUAAUGUUGUUUCUGAUGAAACCAGUCUGGACGCUAAGAUAGAAAAAAAGAACCAGGAGCUGGAGAGGAAUCGGAAAAGGCUCCAGACACUGCAGAGUGUCAGGCCAGCCUUCAUGGAUGAAUAUGAAAAGAUUGAGGAAGAUCUGCAGAAGCAAUAUGAAACCUUUGUGGAGAAGUUCAGGAACCUUUGCUUCCUGGAGUCUCAGCUGGAUGAAUACCAUAGGCUGGAGCAGGAGAGGUUCGAGGAGGCCGAAAACACAAUGAGGAUGAUGCAGAACGUGUUGAGGGAGGAGGAGGAGAGGGACCUGACGAAGAGCUCCUUAAAAGAUGAGGAUUCUGACAUGGACGUGCCAGAAGACGAAGGCUCGGACAGCGACAUGGAAGAAUGUCGACCUUCUAAGCCACGGCCGACACGAAACGGCAUCACGACAGGAAGAGCAGCGCGAUUCGUCGGUAACAUGCAGGGGGGUGAUAGUGAUGAGACUGAAGACAGCGAGAUUGAUGUGGAUGAGGAUGAUGAGGAAGAUGAUGAAGGCGAGGAAGAGGAGAGCAAGGAUUUGGAGGACGACAGUCUCGAGGGCCCAGUGUCCAGGGGUGUGCGCCCCUCAAAGGGGGUGAUAAGACCACCUCUGCUGGAGGAGAGCGAUAAUGAUUUCUGAAUAAUUAAAGAAGAGAUCCAGCUGUUUCUGCUUCUCCGCUCAGAUAAACCAUUUAUUCGAGAGAGAUGUGCAUUAUUUAUUAUGUUCAAUCAUGUUGUUUUUGCAACUAUAGUUCAUAUUUUUGUAAUAUUUGUCUAAACUGUAUUCCUUAAUAAAAAUA